CCCGCGGCGACUGAGGACUUGCUUCAUCGUAAAUUUCGCAAGCACUCCAGACCGUGUUCACAUCUAUACUUUCUGAUUAACAUUCUAUAAACACACCGACAUCAACGCUCUCGGCCCUAGGGUUCCACUAGAAGACCCAAUCCAGGCCCUACCGCUGCCCUGACUUCACCCGCUGGACCACGCUACGCACAUCACCCAACCUACUGCCGGCACGGGACCAUGUCCGACUCUGACGAUAGUGAUGACUUCUUCGUCAGCAAAAGAAAACCGAUCAUCAAGGCUAGCACCCCUCCACCUGUACUCUCCUCCCCCGAACCGUCCGACGACGACCUUUCCGAGAGCAGUAAGAAAAAAAAGCGACGCCCGAACAAGAAGGCAGAGGCAAAGGCGCUCCCAGAGUGGACGAGGCCCGCCAGUGAGACGAGGAGAGAGAGGGAACGGAAGAGAAGUGAGAGAAGAUCUACGGAGAGCAAAGAGAGGGGAAGGAGUUCUUCAAUGGCGGUUGUUCAAGAAGAACCAGAAUUGCCAAAAUCAACAAGAAGUCGGGUGGUGCUUACCCCACCGCCGCCUAUCUCUGCCAAAAAGCAGCAAGAGAUCCAAGACCUUGUUCAGUCAAUGUACGGAGACACAGCAGAGGAAGAAGAGGAAGAAUUCCCAGCCGAAGAGGUCGAUGAUUCGCUUCCUUCGCCGAGUAAGGACGAAAUCGUGGAUGUCACCGUGCGAUUACAACUGGAUCCGAUCAAAAAGUCGAAGGCUCCAGCGAUUGCCAUCAAAAAGUUUGAGAUGCCGAGGACGGUCAGGAUACGACGUGAGGACAACAUGUACCGUGUCUUGGAGGUUCUGGGGGAUAAGCUGAGCAAAAGCCCAGAUGACUUUGUACUGGUGUAUGAUGGAAAGAGGGUUUGGCCGUCAGACAGUCCCAAGGGUCUGAAAAUAUUCGGCGGCAGUGAGGUUGACAUGAUGGGCUACGAGAAGCUUCAUUGGGAAAAGAUGGAAAAGGAGCGCCGUCAGCGGUUGGAAAAUCGCGACUUCUCAUAUGACCGCGAACCAUCCCUAGCAAACGAGGACGGCAAACCCGGCGAUACCAACGCAUCAGCAGAGGCAGCUUCGGCUUCUCCUGCCCCUCUUGAAGAAGCCGUCGAAUCCAUUAGGCUUACCGUCAGGGGGAGUAACGGCCAAGAGGCCAAGAUUAAGGUAUCGAAGACUGUCUCGGCGCAUACUGUCUUGCGCUUCUACUGCAAAAAGGUAGGGCGGCCGAAGGAAGAUGCCGAUGGGAUGCAGCUUGUCUUUGAUGGCGACAACGUGAACAACGAUGAAAAAAUGGGAAAUAUUGAUUGCGAAGAUGGCGAUAUGCUGGAGGUCAGAAGUCGCUAGGGGACAUGUCUGGCGACUGUGUAUGACACUUCCGGGAUUAUAGUAGUAGGCUCGACGUAGAUGAGCUGCCAUCUGAGGAGCGAGUUGUCAUCAUCCAUAUGAAGUUUGAGGUAAUUUAUGUAGAUCAUCCUAUCAGUACACUCGUUGUUGCUAUAGAUAUUGAAUUGGGAUUAUGUAGCUGGUUUGUGGUCUUGUCAAUCGGCUGACAGGCUGGUAACGGGGUCAGCCGCAGCAGGAAACUAAG